AUGAAUGACCCUGACUUCACAAUAUCCAAUGAUGAGGCAUUACUAUUUCAGGACCAGUUGUGUGUGCCCGACGACAUGGAGAUACAGAAAUCAUCAUCGCUAUCAUCAUUGAUUCAAGGGAGGAGGGAUCCCGCGGAGCUCAAGCGGGUCUUUCAAAUGUUCGACCGGAACGGCGAUGGCCGGAUUACAAAGAAGGAACUCAGCGACUCGCUACAAAAUUUGGGCAUCUUCAUCCCUGACGACGACCUUGUUCAGAUGAUUGAGAAGAUAGACGUAAAUGGAGAUGGUUGUGUCGACAUUGAGGAGUUUGGGGGAUUGUAUCAAAUAAUAAUGGAUGAACAAGAUGAGGAAGAGGACAUGAGGGAGGCAUUCAAUGUGUUCGAUAAAAAUGGCGAUGGGUUCAUUACCGUCGAGGAAUUGAGAUCGGUUUUGGCAUCCCUGGGCCUCAAGCAAGGAAGAACCGCUGAGGAUUGCAAAAAGAUGAUAAGAAAGGUUGAUGUUGAUGGGGAUGGUAUGGCUAACUACAAGGAGUUCAAGCAGAUGAUGAGGGGGGGAGGGUUCGGCCCUGAGUUGAAGGGGGAGGCUAGGGGGGUGGGGAACCGUAGGAAUGUAUAUAUUUUUGGUGAUUGA